AUGGCCAUGUCUCUCGCGGAUUUGCUGCUGCCUUUGUUUCUACUCGUCUUUCUCACAAGAUCCCGGUCACAGUGCCCCACAAAUCCAUCCGCAAUCGUGAACGACACACAGGUUCUUCUCUCUCUCCGUGACAGGCUUGGCAUCAAAGUGUGGAACGAGACUGCCGAUCCAAGAGCAUGGCGGGGAGUGGAGUGGAGCUCGGACAACCAAGUGGAGGGCCUCGCUCUGUCCAGGUUUAAUCUCUCGGGAGUUUUUCCUGCCACCUGGGCCGAGCUUCCAUCGCUGGCUCGCCUGGACCUCUCGCAAAACGGCCUCUCCUCGCUGGAAGUCCCUUGCAAAAAUACGCAGCUCAACCUCCUCAACUUGAGCUCCAAUUCCCUGCAAGAGUUCCCCGGAAAUCUCUCCAACCUCAAGAGUUUGGAAAGCCUGGACCUCAGUGGGAACUUCUUAACAGUGGCCGGACUCCCAAAGUUUAGCUUGACGCUGCGAUCGCUCAACCUGUCCAUCAACAACUUAACUGGGAGCUUUUCCAUUGGUGGUAACCUGGGACUGGAGGCACUGGAACUCUCGCAGAACGGACUCAGCGGCUCCAUUCCAGAAACUUUCGGGGAGAUGACGAACUUGACGCGCCUGGACAUAUCGUAUAACAGGUUUAGAGGAGAUCUACCCGAUAUUUGGAGCAAGAACUUGGAGCUCAGGUACAUGCGUAUCUCCAACAAUUCGCUCCAUGGUGGUUUGCCACCGAGCUUGAGAAGGCUACGCAAGCUCUCUGUUUUACGCGCUGCAUACAACUCUCUCUCCGGGCCACUGGAGCUGGAAGAUGGCAACUUUGCAAGCAUCGAGGUUUUGAACCUCGGGCUAAACGGGUUUAGCGGAACGAUCCCGGCUACGCUGGGAAGCUUGAGGAACUUGAAGAUCCUGGUUCUCACGGGGAAUCAUUUUAGUGGCGCCAUACCACUGGAGCUUGGAAACUGGUCGAACAUCAGAGAGAUAUGGCUUGACAGCAAUAACUUGACUGGAACAAUCCCAGGCGAGCUCUCGAAGCUCUCGCAUCUCCAGAGGGUGGUUCUCACGGGGAAUCGUUUUAGUGGCGCCAUACCGUCGGAGCUUGGAAACUGGUCGAACAUCAGGGAGAUAUGGCUCAACAGCAAUAACUUGACUGGAACAAUCCCAGGCGAGCUCUCGAAGCUCUCGCAUCUCCAGAAGCUGGUUCUCACGGGGAAUCGUUUUAGUGGCGCCAUACCUCCAGAGCUUGGAAACUGGUCGAACAUCAAAGAGAUAUGGCUCGAUAGCAAUAACUUGACUGGAACAAUCCCAGGCGAGCUCUCGAAGCUCUCGCAUCUCCAGCAGCUGGUUCUCACGGGGAAUCGUUUUAGUGGCGCCAUCCCAGGCGAGCUCUCGAAGCUCUCGCAUCUCCAAAGGGUGGUUCUCACGGGGAAUCGUUUUAGUGGCGCCAUACCUCCGGAGCUUGGAAACUGGUCAAACAUCAGGGAGAUAUGGCUCAACGGCAAUGAUUUGACUGGAACAAUCCCAGGCGAGCUCUCGAAGCUCUCACAUCUCCAGCAGCUAGUUCUCAGCAGUAACGACAUCGGUGGGGAGCUCCCUUCCGGACUCUCCAACUGCACUGAGCUCGUCGUUCUCUGGCUGGGGCAGAACAAGUUCUCUGGAAAUCUCCCUGACAGCUUCGGGAAUUUGAGCCGCCUGCUCCUUCUGUCGCUUUCCAGCAACGAUCUUGUCGGUUCAAUCCCGGCCAUAUUGCAAAACAUGUCGUCUCUGCAGUUCCUCUUCCUCUCAAACAACAGCUUCAGCGGCUCCAUACCGGACUGGCUUCCCAGGCUCACGAACUUACGAGCCAUGGACUUCUCGGUUAACAGGUUCUCUGGGGAGAUGCCGGAAAGCAUUGGCCGACUGUUUGCCAACGUCCAGCUUUACAACAAGAACAAACGGUCUGUGAUGAUUCAAACCACGCGAGGACUCCUCUACAACGGCUUCGCCUUCCCGACCUCCAUAGACUUCUCCUUCAACCAGCUGACUGGAAGCAUUCCAGCUGCCAUUGGCGACCUCUACAAGCUCCAGGUGCUGCACCUGAGCCACAACCAGCUAACAGGUCCCAUUCCCGAGUCCCUGGGGAAGGCAAGGAAUCUCUCCUGGGUGGCGCUCGCGAGCAAUCGUCUCAAUGGCUCCAUACCAUCGUCCGUGGCGGACCUCUCGUUUCUCACCAUCUUCGACGUCUCCAACAACAGCCUGGUGGGACGGAUACCUGACAGCCCGCAACUCUCGUCCAUGGACGCGGCUCUCUUCGCUGGGAAUCAGCUCUGUGGCUUGCCACUGACCAACACCUGUUCGAGCACUGCUAUGCCGCCACAUAAGCUUAGAACAGAGGGACAAGGUGGUAGCGAACAGGACCAAAGAGAGGUGAUAACACUUGUCAGCGUUGCCAUCUUCGUGGCAGCCUUCUUCAACGCGUUCUUCUGGACCUACUUUGCGGCAAACCGCAGAGCUCAUUCCCAGCUCUGUGGAUGCUGGCAAUCAAAUCUCUAGCUCGUCCACCAUGUUGCUGCCGUCCUUUCUACCUUCCAGUUUGUAAUCCAUCACGACUGCUUGAUGAAGUGAACUCUUCUUAUCCGCU